GCGUAUAGGUCGUCAGGGCAAAUGGUAAAAUGUGGCCAGGCAGUUCAGUUUUGAUUGUUAUUAGCGUGUUGAUCUUUUCGGUACAUUCUUUGCCGUACUUUUCGCAUAUUGAUUGGCGUAAUGAUCCAAAUACAGUUACUCAAAAUGAGAAAAUUUUGAAACUUUUUUUAAAAUUAGCAACGCACACGGCGAACCGUUUAACGCAUUUGAGAAAGAAAUUCGAAAAAGAAUAUGAUUGUAGACGCAAUGAUAAUCCAUCAGUUUUAACGACAGAAACUCUCACAACACAAUCAUCAUCUCAAACAAAUCUAGAAUGGCUUGACGAGAGUCAAAAAAUCCUGAAUCAUUCGUCCUCCAGUGAUUCUGAAAUAAGUUCGGAUCAAAAUCAAACAGACGACCUGCAAUUACAAGUAUUGAGUAAUCUUCAAAAUAUCGACGAUGUUGAACGAGAUAUAGAACGUAAUCUAAAUUCAAAGGUGAGCAAUUUAACUUCGAAGUCUGUACAAGAUAUCCAUGAUACUUCAACGAACGUUACUGGACGUAAUGAUCACGACGCACUUGAUUUUGACACUUUGCAAAAACCAACAAAUGAAGAAGCUAAUCAAACCGACCUGUUGCAGGAACCAACGCUUGAAAUAAGUCAGCGAUUAUUUGGCACAGAUCUAGCACAAAUUGUUCCAAAAAUUAUUAGUGAUGUACAUCAAAAUGUAGAUCAGCAUAUUGCGAAAACACAAAAUACACAAAAGCCGUUAGAGGCUGGCGUAAAGAGAUUUUUUAAUAUUUUAUCAAGCACGAAGAACAUUUUGGAGUCGAUAAUUAAAGUUCUAUCGGAGGCUGCAAAAGGCGCGAAUAAUUUACUACAUCUAAUUAUUCCCCAAUCUCAAGAUACUAAUUCCAAUAAUAUACAACAAGAGCAAAGUAAAAGCGAUUCGGCAGGUGAAACAGCUAAUGCAUCUGGAACGAAUAAUCAAGAAACAAGAAAUAAUCAAGAAAACUAACGAUUUACUGACAAAUGAGAAUAAUUCAACAGGCAAAUGAAAACGCUAAUAGUUCUAUCGACGCGGAAUCAAUAAGGGAAACGGAUCAACGUAGAACAGAUUGAUGAAGAAUUAAAAACCGAAGGAAUUAAGAAAACGAACGAGACAAGAACGGAUUACAGUGACGGGCUAUUAAAUUCAAUUUCGGAGAACUUAUCUGAAAAAAGUAGAAAAAGUAGAUCGACAGACAUUACAGUUGCGACAUCAGCAUCUCCUAAUCAAUUAGAAUCCAGUAUAUUCACAUUAGCUUCAAUUAUGGAACACCAAGCCAAGAAUUUGAGCAGCGCACAAAAUUCUGAAAAUGUGAGCAAUAUUACAAAGUCUCUGAUCUAGAAAAAGCGGAAAGACUUCAAAAUAAUUCGUCUGCUAAUGACGAAAUAAAUCGACCGACUGAAAAUCAAAUUAUCAAUUAAUAUUCAUGUAGACGAUGAUUUAUUAGAAUCAAACAGUCGCUUUCUUAUCGAUGCUUUGAAAAGCGAAGAUUUGCAUGAGCAAUUAUCUGAAGCAAAAUUGCAAGAAAUCAACAAACAAUUAUCUGAAGCAAAAUUGCAAGAAAUCAACAAUCGAUUGAUUAACGCGCUUCGACCGAUAAAAAAGAGUAUGGACAAUAAUCAAAGUUACGUGACUGAUCAUUCUAAUAAAUAAUGAUAAAAUUUGCCAUUAGACAUAUUAUCUGAUUCUAAGCAAAUAAUUCUUGAGUAAGAUUCAAAUAACUUGAAUUUAAAAUUAUAUUAGAAAACAGCUGUAAUAAUUAAAAUAAUUAUUGGGUUGAAUGAAAAUUGGAUUUCGUUUUUUGUUAUUAUACUAAUGCCAUUUAUUUGCAAAAAGACAAAACGUAAUAGCAAUUAUUUUGCAAUUACAAUACAAUAUAUUGUAAUAAGGUUAAUUAAAAUAAUUAUAAAAAUACUCUAUUUUUGAAAAUUAGAUUUGAAUGCGAAUUAUUCCUAUCAGUUUUGAAGUUUAUAGUUGUGAGAAAUCAUUGUGCUAAAUCCUGAAAGUGUUUCUUGAUUCCGUAAAAUUAAUUUUACUAUCUUUACAACUUCCGCGUGAAAAUCAAUUGACCAUGAAUAACAACUAGAACGUAAUUGUCUUUUCGUUUUGAUUAGUUUUGUAAUGCGACUAUAUCGACGAAACAUUUUUUUAUCACACAGUGAUUUCUCGAGCACAAUCUUAAAACUCAUUCAUAUCCAUAAAAGAAAUUCUGUAUAUUAAAAAAUGUACUGUCACUUAUAAAUCAGAAAUAAUAUAUAUAAUGUUGCUAAUGA